AUGGACUCUGUCGCAAAGUACAUGGACGACCCCGACGCAAAUUCUCGUGCGACAUUUCUUCCUUUCCCGCCGACGCCAGGAAUCGUGAAUCUUCGUGAAGACGGCUCAGUGCCCAUCGAAUACCUGAUUGUUUCGCUGAAGCCCGCACGAAUAUACGGUUUUUCGCAUGCGGGUGGUCAGAAAUUGUAUACCCUGGAUACCUUCGAAUCAACACCGCUAUCAACAUCAGAAUCAAGCUUCAAGAAGGCUGCUUACCUCCACCCAAUGCGCACCUUCGACCUCAGGAUCGGCGGAGAGGAUAGUUCCAAGGCCCAGGGCUUGUGCUGUGAACCUGCUAGUCCUUCGCCAUACACCUUCUACCACAACGUCCAACUCGAUCUUUUUACCCAUUUUUCUGCCCGUCUUCCUGCCACUUCUUAUAUUAUUCCUCGUAAUUAUCCACCGUCACCGCCGACGCGUCAUUCCUGGUCUUCGGUGCUUUACCCCGCGUAUCAUCAAGGUACACAACCUUUGAGCACGUCCUCGCCCAUCAUCCCAACCCGAAACAACAUGGCCUCUCCAGCGUCCUUUCCUCCCUCCUCGGACCCUCUCAAUGUCGUGGGUACACCGGGCCUGCGCGAAGGUACGGGUUUCGUGUACGCCAACGCUGCCGUGGGUGCCGCCACCGCGCCUGGUAGCGAUACCUCUUCCUGGCAGAUUAUUUGGGGUAAAGCAAAGGCCCUCUUUUUGCGCAAUUGGGCCAACUUCAUUCGAAAACUGAGGGUGCUUAAGGAAAAGAUCCACAAGACCACAUUCUUUGCCCCGGGAUUUUUCGCUGCCACCUGA